GCUGCCGGAGAGCAACUGUUGAGUUGAUGGGUUCGGUCUUAACGUGUGGCUCGGUGAAACAACGUGUUCCCCUUCCGCUGUAUUCACAGGCUAUCAGAAUGGUUUUAAAUUUCUGCCCCCACUGCGGCUCCAGGCUGCAGGCUGGGUUUAAGUUCUGCCCAGCCUGUGGGGAGCAGCUGCCAGUCCUGGGGGAGUCAGAGCAGCUCGUCUCCUCAGCUACCUCACCUGAGGCUUCACAGGCUCCUGUCACCAGCGUCACUGCACAGCUGCAGAGCCCCCCCUGUCCCGAGCAAGCUGGAGAAGGUCCUGUUUCGGCACGCUCUCCUCUGCGCCGGAUGCGGAAGUCUGCCGUCAAGGUCCAAACUGAUGACGUGGUAACCCCCCCAAAAAAGAAGAGGUCCAACCCCCCCUCCGUCACCACCCCUUCAAAAUCCCCAGCUGCAGGUCAGAGCCCUCAAGCCUUGCAGUCACCGCGGAAACGGCAGGCCUCCCUGAUUGUGAAACAGGAAGAGGAGGUCGAUGCACCGGUACUGUCCGCACCAUCACCCAGAUCACCUGCGCAAGCCAAAGGAAAGGCUAAGAGGGCGCGGCCGUCCUGUGCCCCAGAACCCCUGCAGGCGGGGGACCAGCUGACCGACACGGCCGGCAGGAAGUGGCAGCCGGUGAAGCUGCUGAGUCAGAGCGAGGCCGAGCUCGUCUACGGGGUGAAGCAGCUCACACCAGGAGCCAGUUCUGUGGACUACAAACACAUACUGAAACUGGCUGCCAAGGAUGGCAGAAUCUUUAAUGAGCAAAAUUUCCUGCAGAGGGCAGCAAAGUCCACUUCAGUGGAGAAGUGGAUGAAGAUGAACAAGAGGGACUUUCUGGGCAUACCUGUGUGUGUUGGAUUUGGGCUGCAUGCAGACAUAUACAGGUUCCUGAUCUUCCCCUACAUGGGAGUAACUCUUCAGUCCCUUAUGAAGGAAGGGGAGGUGCUGUCUGAGAAGGCCGUGCUGCAACUGGCUUGCCGAAUACUGGAUGUGCUGGAGUACAUCCAUGAGAAUGAGUAUGUCCAUGCUGACAUCCACUCCGAGAACAUUUACAUCAACCCUGCCAACACCACACAGGUGUACCUGGCAGGAUACUGCCAUGCUUUCCGCUACUGUCCCAACGGGAGGCAUGUGGAGUACCGUGAGAAGAGCCGCACGCCACACGAGGGCGCCCUUGAGUUCAUCAGCGUAGAUUCCCAUAAGGGGGCCGGCCCGUCCCGGCGCAGUGACCUGCAGACGCUAGGCUACUGCAUGCUGCACUGGCUGGCAGGAGCCCUGCCCUGGACUCCGCUCGCACACUGUCCCUCCAAGGUCACGGCCGAGAAGGAGAGGUACCUGACAGAUGUCCAAGGCCUCCUGAGUCAGUGCUUUGGAAGGAGGAAAGUGUCAGGUGCAGUGCGGGAUUACCUUCUGCAGGUGAUGUCCCUGCAGUACACAGAGGAGCCAGACUACCAGCAGCUGCGGGACGGGCUGCACAAGGCCCUGCAGCAGCAGGGGGCAUCGCUGGCCCAGCCCAUCGACCUGCAGGUAUAGCCACUGAGAGGAGGGGAAUCUUCCUGAGAGAGAGGUUCCUCUGUGUCUGUGGGGUUGAAACCAGGCACUGAAAAUGUGACAUUCAUUUUGACACUGCUGGGAUUGUUUUGUUUGACAUGUUCUUGUUUUUAUUUUUCAACUGGAGGUGCUAUUGCUAGGAAUAUCUUUAUUGCUUCUUUCACUUGGGGUCACAGCACACAAGCAAAUCCUUACAUUUCAACAAAAAUGGCCGUUUUGUUGGUUUUACACAAGAGCACACUUGUUAUAAUAUUUUUAGCACAGAAAUCAGUUCUCAGUAGCGAUGUUUUAGCUGUGUAAGCUGCACGUCUGUAAAUGAGCUAAAGCAGUGGACCCUCUUCUCUUUUAAGGAAUAACAUUUCACUGGAAUUUUAGGUUUUUCACUUUACACUUUUUAAUAUCUGCAUUGUUUUAGCUGUUUUUAUGCUAUGGACACAUCUGCAUAAAGUUCAUUCAGGUCAAGGAAAAUGUUUUUUGAAUUAAAAUA